AGACAGUCUUCGCUUUGUCAUGACUUUCAAGGUGUUUGGGCUAUACAUGGAGAUAUAAUCAUCCAUUACCACCAAUGGCAGUGUCAAAGAACAAGAAAGGAACCUCUGGAGGAGCACAAAGUCAUAUUCGCGCACGCCUAACUUAUCUCCAAAAGGCCGCAACAUAUAUAUAUUCAAAGCAACAAGACUUCAAACCAGGCACCCACACAGAGGAAACCGAAUGCGAGAACACCACGCCAAAAACAAGCAUCUCUACACAAUCGCCAUGUCAAGCGCCUGAAGAAGAAAACCGUGACCAAGAACCUGCAACUGCGUCACUGCCAAACCCCACAAUUCGAUAUUGCCUUCCAAGGCAGUAUAUCAGCCACAUGCGUGGGGUUUCUCGAAAAACCCAGCAACGCCUUUCGAUUGAAACAAAAAGAACUUUUUGCAAGAGAUGCGACCUCAUUCUCAUCCCAGGUGUUACAUGCACGGAAGAAAUCCAAAAUGCGAGCAAGGAUCGAAAAAAGCCUUGGGCGGAUGUAUUAGUGAUACGGUGUUCUGGAUGCGAGACAGAGAAGCGUUUCCCUCAAAGCGACAGACGGAGCAAGAAGUUGAAGGAGCGUAAGCAGGAUAAUAAGGAGUCUAAAGAUCAGACUGCGAUAUCUUAGGUUCGGCGGGUCGUCACUAUUGACAAAGAAUUUUUUUAAGUCCAAACCUCGACUGAAUGCUUUUGCUGUGAAUAUCGGUGAACCGAACAACAAUAGGCGAAGUUUCUUGCUGUCCCAUUAUCCGAAAAUAUCAAUUGAUGUGGACAGCGAAGCGUCGACCCGUCUUCGACACAGCUUCACCAUGUCACAGGCCUCUACAGCUUGGACUACGAGGCUAAUCUACGAACAGUUCGACUUUGAACACAGUUAGAAUAUAUAUUUAUAUACUGAAUGUUCAACUACUAGACACUUCAAAUGGUGGCAAGUAAUUUACACCUGUAUAGCACUCGAGGACAAUCAAAUA